GCUGCAAGUGAACAUCAGGGGCCAUGGAAAAAGAAGUCAAUAUUUUUUGAGCUCGAAUAUUGGAAGCAUUUGGCGUUGCGUCAUAAUCUAGACGUGAUGCAUAUUGAGAAGAAUGUGUCAGACAGCUUGCUUAAUACCUUGUUCAAUAUUCCCGGGCGGAGUAAAGAUGGAAUUAAAUCUCGCCUAGAUUUGAAAGAAUUAGGAAUACGGGCCAAUUUACACCCACAAGUUGUUGGUGGACGUACAUUUUUACCACCGGCUUGUCAUGCUCUGACUAAAGUAGAAAAACAAUCUUUGUGUAGUUCUAUCUCCAAUGUGAAGGUACCGGAAGGGUACUCCUCAAAUGUCUCCGACUGGGUAGAUAUGAGUAAGUUAAUUUUGAAUGGUCUGAAAUCUCAUGAUCAUCAUAUAUUAAUUCAACACAUUCUACCAGUGAGUAUCCGUUCUGUGUUGCCUAAAAAAGUUCGAUAUGCAAUCACAAGGUUGUGUUUGUUCUUCAAAUCUCUUUGUUGUAAAGUGAUUGAUGUCACAAAGUUAGAGAACCUCGGGUUAGAAAUCGUAGAAGUGUUGUGUUAUUUGGAGCAAUUUUUUCCGCCUUCUUUUUUUGACAUAAUGGUUCACCUAACAGUGCAUUUGGUGAGAGAGGUAAAGUUGUGUGGACCAGUGUACAUGAGGUGGAUGUACCCAUUUGAACGAUACAUGAAAAUCUUAAAGGGUUAUGUGAGAAAUAGAAGUAGGCCCGAGGGUUGUAUUGUUGAAUCAUACAUUGUUGAAGAGACGAUUGAAUUCUGUUCAGACUACUUGUCAGAGGUUACAACUAUUGGCGCUUGUCCUACUCGGGUCAAUAGUGAAAUAAGUAAAGGGAGUAGGGGUGUUUCUGUUUGCGGUGUAAGUCGAGCUGAUCGUGAAGAAGCGCAUCGUCUCGUCUUGCAAAAUAUUGACGAGGUCCAACCAUACAUUGAGGAACAUUUUAAUUGGAUUAAGAGUAAUAAUCCGACUAAGGCAAGGAAUCAAAAAUGGGUACAAGAUGAACAUUAUCGAAAUUUCAGUACAUGGUUAAAAAAAAAGGUAUAUGCUGAAAAUUGUGAAUCCCCAAGCAAUGUAUCCAACACACUGCUUUGCAUAUCACGAGGUCCUUCGUGUGAUGUACUCAAGUACCAAUCGUACUAUAUAAAUAGUACUAAAUUUUGUACCAAAGAUCGUGAUAAAUCUAGAAAAACACAAAAUAGCGGUGUCAUGAUAGUUGCUAGAGCUUUCCAAAUAUCUAGUUCAAAAGAUAAAAACCCAAUUGAAUGUAAUAUGUCUUUUUACGGUGUAAUUCAAGAAAUUUGGGAAUUAGAUUAUAGUAGUUUUCAAAUUCCUGUUUUUCUUUGUGAUUGGGUUAGGAGUGAUAAUGGGGUUAAAGACGAUGAACUUGGAUUCAAAUUAGUGGACUUGAAUCGAAUAGGCCACAAGUCUGAUAGGUUUGUAAUGGCGUCUCAAGCCACUCAGGUGUUUUACAUGAGUGACCCAUUAGAUGCACGCUGGUCAGUUGUCAUGACAACGCAAGCAAAAGACUAUGCUAACCAAGAGCAUAAUGGCGAUGAUCUUAUGAUAAGUGAGCAAAUUCAUCAAAUCACUCCACCACCUAUUGAUGUCACCGUUGGGGACGAUGUCGUAUCAUCUCGUGAUGAUGGGGAGGGGUUAUGGGUGAAUGAAACUAUCAAGCCAUGAGUUUUUCAACAUGUGUUGGUAUUCUUUUUAACAUGUAUUCUUUUGUGGCUAUCAAUUUGUAUAUUAUUGUAUAUUCUAAUGUAGAUUUUUAAAUUUGUGUAGGACUAUUUAUUAUGGAAC